AUGGCUGUGACGAUGAACGAGAAUGCGAACAGCAGCGAGCACACUCUCGCAGUUGGUCCAUCUCCCCAUGUGGCCGGGCUUGCGGUUCGGAGUCUGGAUCAGCUAACAGACCUUGUUGUCGAUCCUAGAGUGCGGCUCGAGACUCGGCCAGAUGCUGAGGAGCUCGACGAGGGACUGGUGACGCAGUUGAGCGAUGUCCUCCAUCACAAGGGGCACCAUUAUAAGUCUCACGAGUCUUCGCAGUUGGAGAAAGGGUCUGUGGAAGGCGAGAAGCAGGAGAUUUUUUAUGUCGAGUUUGAGCCAGAUGACAAGCGGAAUCCCGCCAACUAUACUCCGAGAAGGAAAUGGGCUAUCACUCUUACAGCUUGCGCAUUCACGCUUCUUUCUUCUACCGCGGCAGCGACGUACAACAUGGGGUUCGAUUCCAUGACACGAGACCUCAACUGCACCGAAUUCCAAGCCACGAUAGGGCUUAGUGUCUACUGUCUCGGUUUCGGAAUUGUCCCCCUCGUGACCGCGUCCUUCAGCGAAGAGUUCGGCCGACACCCACUCUACAUUGUCUCCUGUUUCGGAUUCAUGAUGAUGCACAUCAUGGCCGCACUUUCUAACAACAUUCAGACCGUCAUUAUUGCUCGGUUCUUGGGUGGGGCGUUCGGUUCGACGGGGUCGACAAUGGUGGGCGGAUCUAUCGCGGAUAUAUUUGCUCCUCAUGAGCGCGGUGUUCCCAUGUCCAUUUUCUCUGUCACUGCUAUCGGAGGCACCGGUAUCGGCCCUGUUGCUGCUGGCUGGAUAGCAGCGAACCCCCACUUGCAGUGGCGCUGGAUACAAUGGAUACACGCCAUCGCGACAGGAGUUUUGUUCAUUAUCAUCUUCGUGGCCAUGAAGGAAACCCGGGCGACAGUGAUAUUGACGCGCCUGGCGAAGAAGUUACGGAAGGACACGAAUGACCACCGUUACCGUGCGCGCGCCGAGGAUGAAUCGGCGAGCUUGAAAACAUUGAUAUAUAUCUCUUGCACGAGACCACUCUAUUUGCUCUUGUCAGAGCCAGUCUGCAUGAGCUGUAGCUUGUGGGUAGGAUUUGCUUGGGGUGUUUUGUACUGCAUGAUAGAAUCGAUUGCGCCUGUCUUCCGCACGCUUCAUGGGUUUACUAUCGGAGAGAUUGGAACCGUAUUUGCAUCCGUCAUUGUUGGGACGUUCCUUGGGUUCCUGAGCAACCUUCAUCAGGAACGUCUGUAUCAGCGAAACGUAGGAAAGCGUGGUCCCGAAGCACGAUUAUACUGGCCGUGCAUCGCAGCGGUUAUCUUCCCCGUAGGAAUGUUCAUCUAUGCAUGGACCACAUUUUCGAAAGUCCACUGGAUAGCCCUGGUCAUCGGCUUGGUCUUGAUCUUCUGGGCGAUCUAUAUCAUCUACCUUGCCGUGUUUACUUACCUAGCUGAUUGUUAUGGCCCAUUCGCUUCAUCGAGUCUUGCAGGCCAGAGUCUUUGUCGUAACCUCAUGGGCAUGGCUUUCCCGCUAUUUACGCAGCAGAUGUUCAACAAGCUGACAUACAAAUGGGCUAACACAUUGUUCGGAUGCAUCGCUGUCGUUAUGAUCCCGAUCCCCAUCAUCCUGUUCACCUACGGACCCAAAAUCCGUGCUCGGAGCAAAUUCUCGAGGGUGGCCAUGAAGAAAUAA